AUGUGGAUUCUACCGCUCAUCCUUGUUUUGGCUGCUGUGGAAGCCGGACGCUAUGGAGCGCCCCAAAUGGCUCCAUCAAAUCCGCCAAGUUAUGCUCCAUCACAGCAGUGGUGGCCAGUUCCUUUUUACAAUCCAUGGUGGGGACACGGACAUCACGGAUGGUGGAGCAGCAGUUCAGGGUCGUCAGAGCGUCGUCGUCGUCAUCGUCAUGAUCGUUAUUCAGAAGAAAAACAUGAACCAGAAGCUCCAGCAUGCACUCGCUGUCCCAAACUAAAUAUCAUUAAUUAUAAAAAUGACCCCACUAUGGCCACCAUACAAUUUCUACAGUCUAACGGCUGUUUACAAGUACUUGUUGGUUGUCCAGUCGCAGGUAUCGCGUAUAUCUUUGCCACAGAGAGAAAUAGUAACGAAUUAAAGGGCCUUUCGUUGGGUCUCGGGAACAAGGCGAUGUUGGAGUGCACGAACAUGAAAACAUGGACGCCAAUUCAAGUCAGUGGAGCGGAUAUCGAUGCUGUUGGUUGUGUACCAGCUGAAGAAGAAGUCAAUCUGAAGAACUUAAAAGAGCUCGCUUCAAAAAAACAAAAACGCCACGUAGUCGAAGAGGAGGCUGAUCAGUCUGAGCCAGAUGUGCAUGAUGCGACCGUGAAGAGCACGAACGUUAGCGAAGAGACAGAAGAGGAGGAAGAACAUGAGCUGAAGCAAGUAUCCCCAGAAAAACACUGA